AAGAAAGGAGAGCAAUUAGAGGUAUGUUACCCUGUAUAAGCUGAGGACACAUAUGGUAACUAAGAAGCGUAUAGGACAACCUACGUUCGGGUUUUAAAGGGAAAACUGGAAUUGUAUGCUUCAUAGACAUCAAAAAAUGAAUCUUUGCAGAACAUUUUAAAACUUCUUAAAUUUCUCAAGACAUUCAGUGAUUUCCUUUUCUGGAAAGAGAAGAGAGAGGUAAAGCCAGCCUACAUUUCUCCCAGGAGACAAGAGAACAGAUGUGAUUCUGAAGGUUGAAUUCACAAGGGCAUUUGUUUACUGUAUAUUACACUUGCUCAUUUCAAACCCGUGGCAAACUAGUCAUAUCGCAUUUGCCAGAAAUCUAUUUUUUUUCUUUCAGAGAACGUCUCCUUUAUCAGAUGGUAGCAUAGUUACCCUAUUCACCUUGUUAAUUAUUAACUACAAUGGCCUACCCCAUAUGAGGUCAUUAAACAGUCCACCUGCAAGCCGAUUCAAAAUCACCUGUAUAUGUUGUAUUAAGGAGUGUUUCAAGCAUGUGAACUUUGAUCUUCACUCUGGAAUAUUCAGCUUCCUCGACUGUCUGCCAUUUUCUCCAUCAUGGCCCUUAGUCGAGCAGGGCUUGGCCGCUGCUCCUGCUGCUUCUGGUUGGCAGUCGCUUUUGAUGUCUUUGGUUUGGCUGUUCUCUUGAUCGGGGUCUUUGCCAAUGUCUUCUUCUACGACUUUCUCAUCUAUGCUGGGGCUAUAGUAAUUUUCCUUAGCCUAAUUUGGUGGGUAUUCUGGUACACAGGGAAUAUUGAAGUACCCCCAGAAGAACUAGCUGACGAUGUGGGACUUAAAAAGGGAAAUGGCGUCUUGGGGCUAGUCAGAACACUGUCUGGGCGUCUUUCUAGCAGUUUCAGAAAAAGCCGUGGACCACGAACUCCCACACAGGGACGGAGAGAGAGCCCUAGGCCUAAACAAAAUAAAAAGGAGAUCCCAGUCAUAGUACCCAUGACACAUCACCUGAACAGCGUGUCAUCCUCUGUGGAAAAAGAAAGAAGGAAUAUGGCAGGUCACCGUUCAAUUCACACUUCUCCCAUAUAAUAACAACUAUACACAGGUGAGAAAUUAAAUUCUAUAGGUUUCAAACAUAUUGGACUUAUUCCAAUACAACAAACUGGAGUGUAAAAUGUAAUUGACAGAUGAAUUAGGAUUAAUUUUGCUACCCACAGAGAGAAAAAAUUUCAUAUGUAUUUUUCAGUCUAAUGACUACAGAACUAGUGAGCAUAAGUCAGAAUAAAGGAAUAUACGAUCUAUAACAGCUAUGGAAAUUGUGUGUUUGGAAGAGACUUUUACCUUUGCCUCUUUUUGUUUUAACUCUGAACUGUGAACUGAGGUGAGCUGACGAUCAAGUUACAAACAUUUAGGUCAAUAUUGCAAAGUUGGAAAUGUAUUAAAGCUUAGCUGUUUUUGCCUGAAUUUUGCAACUGUGCAGUCAACUCACUGGUUAAUGAAUAAAUUAUUUAAUUCCAUUCAGACAUAUUGUAAAGUAUAAUUUUCCUAUAAGUAGAUAUUAGGAAGAAAUUAUUUGCACGAAAACAAAAUGAAGAUAUAAAACUAAGAAUUUGGCAUUCGCAAAAUACACAUAAAAGGUGAAAUGAUAAUACUGAUCUGCCCUGUCAUAUUUAUAUGUAUAAAUAGUAUGAAAAACAGAUGGUUUACUAAUGUCAAAACGUAUUGUUAAAGGGCCAUUUUAGUGUUUAGUAAUAACCCCCUCCUUCUUUACUACAAUAUGUAGAUAACACAUUGAGAAAUGUGCAAAAAAACUAUUAACUAAUUAAAGAUGCAUUCUGUGUUCCUGACGCUUCUGCUAACUUAGUGCAUUAAAAAAAGCUGAUGCAUAAACGGAUACCGAUAAUUAUAUCGGUAUUAAAAGAAAUACAAUUCCACUUUUCCAAGGUUAUUCACAACCUUGUUUACAGUUGUGCCAAGCCCCCAACCACGCGUGCUAAGCACUUAUAAGCCACUGUAUGCAGUGAUUGUGGAUCUCUAUGCAGCAGAACCUGUACAAUGACUUAAAGGGACACUGUGGGCACCAUAACAACUUCAACAAAUUUAAAUGAUUAUGGGGCCUGGAGACCACAGUUAACUCAACAGUUAUCAGAGACACUCAGUUCCAGGCAGUCUGAAGCCCAGCCUCCAGUAUGGUGGAGACAGAGCUCAAUUUUAUACUAGUUUAUACCAGGGAUUGGGACAGUGAUUGGCUGAGAGUGCUGAGAGUCAGCCAAUCAUUGCCUGCUCUCCUUGAUAUAGUGUGAAGCAGAACAUAGCUUCAUUUAUGUCAUAUUGUCAUUAGACACCAGGUUUUAGACUGACCGUGGCAGAGAAUCUCUACUCUACAUUGAGUGAACUGUUUAGUAAUAAUGUGGAGACUCCAGGCACCAUAACCACUUUAAUUUAUUGAUGUGUUUAUGGUGCCUACAUUGUUCCUUCAAAGUCUUUGAGGUACUUAGAAUGACCCUUUAAAUUCACAAUUCAGGUUAGUGGUUGAAAAUGAAUCUGCAUUGUUAUACAACUAAGCAAUGCAUAGCAGAUAUAUAACAAUUGUUGAAGACUGUCCAGGUAUCUGAAAGUUUAAUAAAACAAACAUUUAUCUACUUUGCAGGUACUGCAAAAGUAAGCUUUAAUAUAUUCUUAAUACAUAAUUUCUAGAUUUUAUACAUGCAUAUAAUAUAAAUAGUGGCAAUAUGUUUUUUUUUCUCUUUUACUGGUAUCUUCCCAAUUAAAUAAACUUACUAUUUAUAAGAAGGCAUAUCUUGUUUAGAUAUUUUCUGUUAUACGUAUAUCUCUAGUAUAUUGUUUAUUUUAAACGCAUUUUAAUUUUUCAACAUUAAUCAAAAAAAUAUUGUAUAAUUACCUAUUCUCAACUUGUUUAGAAAAGUUUUUAUAGCAUGUUCUAUACAGCAGAAUUUUGUAGCUGCAAAAAAGAAUAUAUUGCUUUAGCUACUUUGAAUCAAAGAUGUAAUUUACUGAGGAGAUCAAUGCUUAUUGGAAUGGUGGAAAAUCAAAUUUUGUUAUCAAAGAUAACCAUUGAAAUGUCACUGGUCAUUUUCUCCAUUUCUAAGAAAUUUACACUGGACCUACUAUCACUACAGGAAUAAUCAUAAAUAAUUAUUUUCCCAAAUAAAUGUAUAGUGACAAACUGGAGGUGCUGUUUGUGACACCUUUCUAAUUUAUAUACACUCUAUGGAAUUGUAUUUAUGACUGAAUAGAAGAUUAAAGUUGAGAAUGUUUUCGGAUUAUCUUUUCACUGGUAAACAUGAUAUUAUGGUAGUAGCUGGGGUAGAAAUUAUGAAUUCAAGAUAAUGAUGCUGGUCAUAAUUCUAAUCUCAAACUUAUAAAUGAAUGAUAAUGACAAGUGACAUUAAACAAAUUGCUCUUUUAAAAGGAAAGGGUCAUUAAAGGACUGGGUCAUUAAAGUGGGUCAUUAACAAAACUGCAAAGCCAUCAGUGAGCUUCUAGAGUGUCGUAUUGGCAUAUAAUUGUGCAAAACCAUUGAUUAUACACAGUCCCCAGCAUGGCGGAAUUUAGAGUUAAAAUAGAAAGAUAAUUAUCUCCUGGACAGGCUUACAGCUCUGAUACAUAACACUACACAGUCUUUUGAUAAGGUAUGGUACCCGUGGGAGAACCUCGGAGGUUGAGGAGGAGAGGGGAGUUGAAGGUGUAUUGUCUCUGGUCUCAUAAUGGGUUCUCUUUUAUUUUCUUUUGUUUUUUAUUUUACUUAGGUUUUUUUCUUAAUGUAUGCUUUUAUGUUUAUUUAGGUAUCGUCAUUGUACCUUAUUAUUUUGUUGAUUGCCUCUCUUUUGGUUUUUAUUUUACUUAGGUUUUUUUCUUAAUGUAUGCUUUUAUGUUUAUUUAGGUAUCAUCAUGGUACCUUAUUAUUUUGUUGAUUGCCUCUCUUUUGGUUUAACUCAAAUUAUUGUUUCUCCUGCACCUAGACAAUCUAUAUACAGGGAGUGCAGAAUUAUUAGGCAAGUUGUAUUUUUGAGGAUUAAUUUUAUUAUUGAACAACAACCAUGUUCUCAAUGAACCCAAAAAACUCAUUAAUAUCAAAGCUGAAUAUUUUUGGAAGUAGUUUUUAGUUUGUUUCUAGUUAUAGCUAUGUUAGGGGGAUAUCUGUGUGUGCAGGUGACUAUUACUGUGCAUAAUUAUUAGGCAACUUAACAAAAAACAAAUAUAUACCCAUUUCAAUUAUUUAUUAUUACCAGUGAAACCAAUAUAACAUCUCAACAUUCACAAAUAUACAUUUCUGACAUUCAAAAACAAAACAAAAACAAAUCAGUGACCAAUAUAGCCACCUUUCUUUGCAAGGACACUCAAAAGCCUGCCAUCCAUGGAUUCUGUCAGUGUUUUGAUCUGUUCACCAUCAACAUUGCGUGCAGCAGCAACCACAGCCUCCCAGACACUGUUCAGAGAGGUGUACUGUUUUCCCUCCUUGUAAAUCUCACAUUUGAUGAUGGACCACAGGUUCUCAAUGGGGUUCAGAUCAGGUGAACAAGGAGGCCAUGUAAUUAGAUUUUCUUCUUUUAUACCCUUUCUUGCCAGCCACGCUGUGGAGUACUUGGACGUGUGUGAUGGAGCAUUGUCCUGCAUGAAAAUCAUGUUUUUCUUGAGGGAUGCAGACUUCUUCCUGUACCACUGCUUGAAGAAGGUGUCUUCCAGGAACUGGUAGUAGGACUGGGAGUUGAGCUUGACUCCAUCCUCAACCCGAAAAGGCCCCACAAGCUCAUCUUUGAUGAUACCAGCCCAAACCAGUACUCCACCUCCACCUUGCUGGCGUCUGAGUCGGACUGGAGCUCUCUGCCCUUUACCAAUCCAGCCACGGGCCCAUCCAUCUGGCCCAUCAAGACUCACUCUCAUUUCAUCAGUCCAUAAAACCUUAGAAAAAUCAGUCUUGAGAUAUUUCUUGGCCCAGUCUUGACGUUUCAGCUUGUGUGUCUUGUUCAGUGGUGGUCGUCUUUCAGCCUUUCUUACCUUGGCCAUGUCUCUGAGUAUUGCACACCUUGUGCUUUUGGGCACUCCAGUGAUGUUGCAGCUCUGAAAUAUGGCCAAACUGGUGGCAAGUGGCAUCGUGGCAGCUGCACGCUUGACUUUUCUCAGUUCAUGGGCAGUUAUUUUGCGCCUUGGUUUUUCCACACGCUUCUUGCGACCCUGUUGACUAUUUUGAAUGAAACGCUUGAUUGUUCGAUGAUCACGCUUCAGAAGCUUUGCAAUUUUAAGAGUGCUGCAUCCCUCUGCAAGAUAUCUCACUAUUUUUGACUUUUCUGAGCCUGUCAAGUCCUUCUUUUGACCCAUUUUGCCAAAGGAAAGGAAGUUGCCUAAUAAUUAUGCACACCUGAUAUAGGGUGUUGAUGUCAUUAGACCACACCCCUUCUCAUUACAGAGAUGCACAUCACCUAAUAUGCUUAAUUGGUAGUAGGCUUUCGAGCCUAUACAGCUUGGAGUAAGACAACAUGCAUAAAGAGGAUGAUGUGGUCAAAAUACUCAUUUGCCUAAUAAUUCUGCACUCCCUGUAUUCUUGGAGGCACCUUUCAGGUUAUAUACCUCUAUAUGCACUCUAUUACUGUACACUGUAGAUCUUUGGAUCUUCUUGAUUGCAUGUGGAGUUUCUCUUGCACCUCGACAAUCCUUAUAUUCAUGAAUGCAUCGGUUAGUUUGUGUUAUAUAUAUACUUUAUUACUGUACAUUGCAGAUCUGUAGGUCUUCGUGAUUGAAGCUUAUUUAUGGCUUUGUUGAAAACAUGGGUACAUUGUAUGAUGGAUUUUGUGCUACUGUUUGUACAUUUAUGUGUGCCUGUACUUAUUUAAAGAAUUUAAAAAUACCCGCUAAAAAAACAUCACUGUUUAUAAAGAUGUGCGGAAGUUUUAGUUUUUUCUCCAUGAGUGAUUUUUUUUUUCAUCUUGCUUUCUUAUUUAUAAUGAGUCCAGCUGAUGGGCCAAAGGCCUUUUCCUUAAAAAUAUGUAUUUUUUGCAUUUUACAAAUAAAAUAAUCAUUUACGAAUAUAAUUCAAUAAAAGGCCCACACGUUUUUUUGUUUUUUUGCUACAGCUCAUGCAGGCAUUGAACAAUUACACUGAACAAAAUUCUAAAUACAACAGUUUUGUUUUUGCCCCCAUUUUUCAUGAGCUGAACUCAAAGAUCUAAGACUUUUUCUAUGUACACAAAAGGCCUAUUUCUCGCAAAUAUUGUUCACAAAUCUGUCUAAAUCUGUGUUAGUGAGUACUUUGCCGAGAUAAUCCAUCCACCUCACAUGUGUGGCAUAUCAAGAUGCUGAUAAUACAGCAUGAUUAUUGCAAAGAUGUGCCUUAGGCUGGCCACAAUACAACGCCACUCUAAAAUGUGCAGUUUUUUCACACAGCACAAUGCCACAGAUGUCGCAAGUUUUGAGGGAGCAUGCAGUUGGCAUGCUGACUGCAGGAAUGUCCACCAGAGCUGUUGCCCAUAUAUUGAAUGUUCAUUUCUCUACCAUAACCCAUCUCCAAAGGCAUUUCAGAGAAUUUGGCAGUACAUCCACCCAGCCUCACAACCGCAGACCAUGUGUAACCACACCAGCCCAGGACCUCCACAUCCAGCAUCUUCACCUUCAAUAUCGUCUGAGACCAGCCACCCGGAAAGCUGCUGCAACAAUCGGAUUGCAUAACCAAAGAAUUUCUGCACAAAGUGUCAGAAACCGUCUCAGGAAAGCUCAUCUGCAAGCUUGUCCUCCUCAUCAGGGUCUCAACCUGACUGCAGUUCGUCGGCAUAACCGACUUUAGUGGGCAAAUGCUCACAUUCGAUGGCACCUGGCACUUUGGAGAGGUGUUAUUUUAAAGGAUGAAUACUGGUUUUCACUUUACAGAGGAGAUGGCAGGCAGCAUGUAUGGUGUCGUGUGGAUGAGCGGUUUGCUGAUGUCAACGUUGUGGAUCGAGUGGCCCAUGGUGGCGGUGGGAUUAUGGUAUGGGCAGGAGUGUGUUAUGGACAAUGAAUACAGGUGCAAUUUAUGGAUGGCAUUUUGAAUGCACAGAGAUACCAUGACGAGAUCCUGAGGCCCAUUGUUGUGCCAUUCAUCCACGACCAUCAACUCAUGUUGCAGCAUAAUAAUGCACGACCCCCUGUUGCAAGGCUCUGUACACAAUUCCUGGAAGCGAAAAACAUCCCAGUUCUUGCAUGGCCAGCAUACUCAUCGGACAUGUCACCCAUUGAACAUAUUUGGGAUGCUCUGGAUCGACGUAUACGACAGUGUGUUCCAGGUCCUGCCAAUAUCCACCAACUUCGCACAGCCAUUGAAGAGGACCAACAUUCCACAGGCCACAAUCAACAACCUGAUCAACUAUAUGCGAAGGAGAUGUGUUGCACUGCAUGAGGCAAAUGGUGGUCACACCAGAUACUGACUGUUUUUUUCAGACCCCCCCGUAUCCUCCCAAUACAGUUAAACUGUACAUUUUAGAGUGGCUUUUUAUUGUGGCCAGCCUAAGGCACACCUUUGCAAUAAUCAGGCUGUCUAAUCAGCAUCUUGACCUGUGAGGUGGAUGGAUUAUCUCGGCAAAGGAGAAGUGCUCACUAACACAGAUUUAGACAGAUUUGUGAACAAUAUUUGCGAGAAAUAGGCCUUUUGUGUACAUAGAAAAAGUCUUAGAUCUUUGAGUUUAGCUCAUGAAAAAUGGGGGCAAAAACAAAACUGUUGUGUUUAUAAUUUUGUUCAGUGUUAAUGUCUCUUCUGUUUCAGCUUUUGUGUAUAGAAUUUCAUCUAUUCAUACUUGUGGUGUUAUAAAUACAAACUAAUUCCUUAAGUGAAGUGUUUAUGAUUAUAAUUUUGCCUUCAUGUAAAUAAAACCUUAUUUGGGAUUUUAAAAAUAUCUGCAGACAUGUUGUCAGAUUAGAUGGCUCCCCUCUUGUUUUGGUGAACUGUACUCACAUACCUAUCUCUUGCGCUCUCCUAAAGAGCAGCACUCUACUCUCUCCUCCAGCUCUGCUUCACUCCCACCUUAUUUGAUUGCCAUCUCCAUUCCUAUUGUGUUUUAUACCCCACCUCCUCUAGACUGUAAGCUUGUUUCAGCAGGAUCCUCUUCAACCUAUUUUUCCUGUAAGUUUUUUUUAAUUGUCUCGUUUAUUGUUAAAUCUCCCCCUCCUAUAAUAUUGUAAUGCACUACGGAAUUUGUUGGUGCUAUAUAAAUGCCGAUAAUAAUAAGAAUAAGAAUAAUAUUACAUUUAGUAGGGAACCUCACAACUUGCAAAGUUAUAGAAGUUGCUGAAUUAAGGUUCUACCGAUAUAUUUUUUAGUAGAAAUGCAGGAUUUUUGGUAGCUUGCUUUUUCCGGUGUAAUAUCUUGGGGUAGCCUUUCAAACUCAACAAAUUAUGUGAUGUCACCAUGGCAAUUUGAACCUGUUGUAGAGAUAAGACGUCUGAGGAAGAUACAGCCUUUAACCUUUGAGAUUGUGACAGUGGCAGAGGGAUCGGAGCAGGGGAACAAUGGAAGUGCUCAUUACAUGUUUAAUUUGCCUUAAUGUUCAUUAUAUCCUCCACAUUACUAUCUGCAUAUUGCUAUGAAUAUAUGAAUGACAGAGAAACACUUUAGUAUUACGUAUAAAUGCAACGUUGUAUUCCUAACACAAAACUGUUCCUUUAAACAUACGUUGUGAAGUAUCUAUCUUUGCCAACUGUGUGUCCCUAGGCUAUGGCUGAUAAACUGUGUGCAGUUACCUAUUUCUAGGCCCUAGCAAUGAUCUCUGUUUUCUACCUGUGACCAGCUAUUAUUAGGGUAGGACGCACAUAUACAUUUAUUUGGCUCUGACAAUGUCUCUUGUCCAUACAAAAUGGGAGUGAUCACAUCACACAGACUUUUAGCUACCUGAAUUUAAUUAAAUUUCUAUUUAAUAUUUACAAAUCACAAUAGUUUGGUUUUACUUGGACAUCUAAUAGUUUUAUUUUCAACCAUUUUGCUGUAUCUUGGUAUGUUUGUUCUUGUUGUUGUUUUUUGUUUGUUUUUUUUAGUUUGUGCUGUCCUUUCUUUCAAUACCUCCCUCUAUCUUCGCAUUCCUUCAUGUUGUUAAUUUAGUUUUUCUUAGUUUUACUAGAUCACCUUCUUCAUGAGAUUAGUUUCAUGGGCACAGUAAGUUUUCACACUCUGUUUGCAAAAACCUUGUCUGUUCACUCUAAGCAAAUUGUUUUCUUUCUUUUCCCCAUAAACAUUUUAUUGGUUGGAUGAACAGAGUGGUACAGAACCUUGAUAAUUAAAUCAGCGGCAAUAACAAUGUUAUGUUUAACACAGCUUCAUAUUCAGUCCUAUCCAAAUGUAAUUUAGUUUUAUGUAAAAAUGACAAAGAAGGGGCAUGAUUAUAUAUAUUUUUAUUUCUCUCUCUCAUCUUGAGAUCUUACAUAGAUAAAUAAUUACAUAGCUGAAAAGAGAGUUGCGUCCAUCAAGUUUUUGCUGUUGAUCCAAAAGAAUGCAAAAAACCUAGUCUGAAGCAUUUCCAAUUUUGCAACAAACUAGGAAAAAAUUCCUUCUUGACCCCAAAAUGGCAGUCAGAUAUCUCCUUGAAGAAACAAAUACUUAAACAGGGAGUUGGUGUAAACAACCUUUUCACUAUUAAGUAAAUAGUGCAGCGCCUUAAGUGUGAUAUCAGGACAAGCAAAAUAUACAAUGUGCACUUACCCCUCACAACAAACAGGGGAUAUACAUGUAAAAUAAACAUACAGAAAUUUAUAUAGGGUAAUAUUGUUUGUUAUAAGUAAUAAUUUUGUAAAAUACAUUGGGUAGAGAAAAAACUCACAUUUUAAAGAGCCUUUUAUGGAGAUACAGGCUCUAAACACUUUUGCGUCUGUGCCUUUAAGGUAGGCAGCAACACCUAAACGGUGGAACUCGUUCCUCUUUUUUAAGCAAAUAGUUUAUCUCCAAAAGGAACAAAAAAGGAGAAAGGGAACUCUGGGUGCAGAUUAAAUUUAGACAUUGGUACACAGAUAAAAUAGUGGUCAGUGCUCACCUUCUAAUGAGCCUUUUGAUAACUGUCUCUAAGUAUAAAUGGUGUAUGUGUCAAUUUAAUGGGAUUACACCACCCACAACUGGAUCCAAAGAGCAAAGUGGAGUUAGAGGUAAGUAUAUUAAAAUUGAUUUAUUCAAACAUAAAAAUAAAAGUAUAUAUGUAUAUAAAAAAAAGAUAAUGAACAAUAAAUACGUCAAGCUCCUUCCUCUCCUCUCAUACCAAAACGCGUUUCGCCUUUAGUGUCGGCUUCCUCAAUUGGUAUGGUGCUCUUCCCUCAAUGUCCGGGUUUGAUAUCCUUGGGUCAAGCAGCUAUUACCGUACUAAUUAGAAAUUAUAUCCCUGUAUGUUAUGUUUUUAUUUAUCCAAUUGCUGUUUAAACACCUGUACGGACUCUAAUAAAACCACCACUUCAGGCAGAGAAUUCCAUAUCCUUAUUGCUCUUACUGUAAAAAAAACUUUCCUUUGCCUUAGAUGAAAUCUCCUGUCUUCCAGCCUAAAUGUGUGACCUCGUGUCCUAUGUAUAGUCUUGUUUAUGAAUAGAUUUCCAGAUAAUGGUUUGUACUGGCCCCGAAUAUAUUUGUAUAAUGCUAUCAUAUCCCCUCUGAGGCACCAUUUUUCUAGAUUUUAAUUUUUUAAACCUUUCUUCGUAACUAAAGUGUUCCAUUCCUUUUAUCAAUUUUGUAGCUCAUCUCUGUAUCGUAGAGGACGUGGAGAUGUAAAUAAAUGCACUGCCCAACCUGCAUUCAGAUUUUUUUUUAAAUUUAUUUUUGUAAUUACAUUUUUCUGCAGUGGCUACAAUCUCAAAAAUCACAGAUGCCAUGACAAAAACAAUAAUAACAAUAAUAAUCAUAACAAUUUGACGUAAAGAAAAAUUCAUAGAUUUUAAGCUGGAUAGCUUUACGGUCUACUUGCUAUUUUAAAAGCACUGUACAUGCCCUUUUCUUCUGAUUGAUAAAUGUCAGAUCCAAGUCAAUACAAAGGUAUAGUUAGUGGGCUUUGAUGAUGUAUAGAUGUGAGAAAAUGGCUACUUAAUAACUACAGCCAUUGAUGCUGGAUUAUUUUUAUAUAUGUAAGGCUGAAGGUUUAAUAUGUCCCCAGGAUCAAUAUCAGCAGCUAGUUGAGUCACCAGCAAGAAACCUGGCAUAGCUGUCAAGAAUGAAUAUGUUAUAUUAUCUAAAUAGGUAUGUUAUCUAUAUUAUAUAGCAUUUAUCAACAUACAAAUAAAGGAGAAUUUGGGGACAUUGACCAUAACCUAGGGUAAUAAAGUAAAAUGACAAAAUGGCAACAGCAACCUGGAAUGCUCUCCUGCAAAGUGUUUUAUUUAAAAGUAUCAACUUCACCAGGCUAAGGGCAUAUUAUGGUUGCUCCAAUAGGACAUUCCCCGGUAAUGCGGCUAACCAUUUUAUAAUGUCCUUUCCUGAUCCUGCCAUACACUGGGUCUCCUCUGUGGUCAGCUUUACGGCAUUCAGCUUCUGCUGAGCCACAAAAGCCGGUUGAUGAUCCUGACUCUCAUUCAUUGGCUGAAAGUAUCAAAUGACCACUAUUAGCCAAUGACCGAAUAUUUGUGCAUUGAAAUUUGUACAUAACUGACAUUUGCCAGCCCAGAACAUUUGUUCUGCUCUGAAUGAUGAUGCUGCGAGAGUUCCAUCUCUGGCGACAAAGGGGUUAAACUAUGUAUGUACAGUGUUUAACAGUGAAACGCUGUGCCUACAGACUCCAGACACCAUGACCACUUCAAAUUACUGAAGUGGUUAAGGUGCUUGGAGGAACCCUUUAAGUGUAAUGUUAACAGCGUAAUGAAAAGAGAGGUUCUGCACACAAACUAAAUAUUAGUCAAGUGAGUUACAGAGCCACUAUAUCUCCAAAUACAUUUACACAUUGACCUCUGAUAUUCUGGGAAGGGCAGAGAGCGUGGAUAUAGAGAAUGUUUGUUAAUUAGUUACAAUCAUUGAUUAAAAACAAUGGGCGUCGUACAGAAAAGGGAAUACUUUUAAUGAUUUAGCAUGUAACGCAAUGCUCAUAUACUCACAAUAUUUAAAGCACAUUCAAGCUGUGAGGCUUUGCAUUUAAUAGCAUAUAUACAGUAUCUCACAAAAGUGAGUACACCCCUCACAUUUUUGUAAAUAUUUUAUUAUAUCUUUUCAUGCCACAACACUGAAGAAAAUUCUCUGAAACUGCUAUGUUUAUAAAAAAAGGGUUAAUCCUAGAGGGACCUGGCACCCAGACCACCUAGAGUGGUCCUUUAAUGUCUAAACUACUAGUCAGGCCUAAAAGUUACUCCUCACUGCAAGCCCAGAGGGUCCAUUGCACACUAAACGAGAAAUUUUGAGCUAAAUGACUUUUUGUAACCUUGCCACUAUACAAUUUUUUUCCAGCAAGGUCUGCUAAAUUGACCCCUUUGUGUAUGUGUGUGUAAAGUGACAGUUUAUAUCAGAGUUUCCGUGUAAACAAUAUUAAUGAGGAUGAUUACAGUGUUCCUCUGUUUGUUCAUUGUUCGUAUGUGUUCACACCAUUGCACGUCAGUGUUUAUGCCAGUGUUCCUGUCUGCGUGCAGUGCCAGAGUAUAUUCAUCUCAAUGAUUGAGUGAGUAGUCUGCUCAGAACCAUCCCUAAAUUUACAGUUAUCAUGCUUUCUGUCCCACAAGCGAUCCCAGUUGUUACACCAGUCAAUGCUGCAACUUAUUGUAAUUGUUCUAAGAUGCUUUUAGGCCAUUAGCCCAUGAGCAACUUAGGCAGUGUGGCAGCAAAGGGUAGUUAAGGGUUGAAAUUAGAUGUGCUUAAUGGUGCAAUGUGGGGAAUGCAGGUUUUUUUGAUUUGCAGCAGGCCGCACGAGGACGGAAAUGUUCAGUAUAUAAGUGAACUGUCAGUAGGUGUUAGGUGCAGUGCAAUGUAGUUUCAUUUUUAUUUUAUUCUUUUUAUCAUGGUGUUUUUGUGUUAAAGGGACACUAUAGUCACCAGAACAACUACAGCUUAUUGUAUUUGUUCUGGUGAGUAGAAUCAUUCCCUUCAGGCUUUUUGUUGUAAACACUUUCUUUUCAAAGAAAAGUGUUUACAUUACAGCCUAGGGGUAAUUCCACUGGCCACUCAUCAGAUGGCUACUAGAGGUGCUUCAUGGGGCAGUGCUGCACAGUGAGCAGUACUGCCAUUCAGUGUCUCCACCCUCUGCAUGCAGACACUGAACUUUCCUCAUAGAGAUGCAUUGAUUAAAUGGAUCUCUAUGAGGAGAUGCUGAUUGGUCCGGGCUGUGUUUGACUAGUGCUGGCUCUGCCCCUUAUCUGCCUCCUUGACAGUCUCAGCCAAUCCUAGGGGGAAGCAUUGUGAUUGGCUCACACCACCACUUCUGAGACAGACAGCAGGUUGAUUAAUUAAGUUAAAUUAAUCAAGUUUAUAUUAAAACAAAUGUAUGUGUGUGUGUGUGUGUGUGUGUAUGUAUGUGUGCAUGGGCGUCCGCAGGGGGGGCAACUGAAAACAGAUCAGAUAAGUGAGACAUGCGGGGGAGGGCAGCCUGCACAUCAGAUAAAUGAGACAUGGGGGUAGGGCAGACUACAGAUCAGGUAAAUGAGAGAUGGGGGAGCAGACUACAGAUCAGAUAAGUGAGACAUGGGGAGGCAGCCUACAGAUCAGAUAAGUGAGACAUGGGGAGGGCAGACUACAGACAGGUAAGUGAGAGAUGGGGGGCAGACUACAGAUCAGAUAAGUGAGACAUGGGGAGGGCAGCCUACAGAUCAGAUAAGUGAGUGGGAGGGCAGACUCAGAUCAGUAAGUGAGAGAUGGGGGCAAACUACAGAUCAGAUAAGUGAGACAUGGUGACUACAGAUCAGAUAAGUGAGACAUGGUAGAGGGGAGGGCAGACUCAGAUAAGUGAGACAUCAGGGAGGGGUGAGACAUGGGGGCAGCCAGUACAGAUCAGGAAUGAGACAGAAAGUGAGGAUGGAGGAGCAGACUGCAGGGGCAGAUACCUACACAUCCACGGCAGCCUACAGAUCAGGUAAGUGAGGCAUGGGGGGCAGCCUACAGAUCAGGUAUGAUGCAGCCUAAAGAUCAGGUAGUGAGGAUUGGGGCAGCCUACAAAUCAGGUAAGUAGUGAUGGGGGCAGCCUACAGGAAGGUAAAGUAGAAGGAACAGAAAUUAGCAGAAAAUAUAUACAAUGCCACAGAAUAAUAUAUACAUAAAAUCAAGAUAACCACAAUUAGUGCAGGCAGAGUAUACUUAAACAGUCCUUUGGUAAGUAAAGUACUUGGGCAGGAUUGUGCAGCCACCACUAGAAAUAGGUGGGACACAGAUCCUAAGCCACAAAGCCAGGAAGCAAAGCCCGAAGCAGGACAAACGAACAAGGCUGCAGGGUAAGGAUCACUGGUAAUUAGGCAGAUGACAGGAACACUGAACUAGAACACAGGAUCGGGAAGCACAGGAACGCAGGACCAGGCAAGACAGGAUACAGGAUCAAGGAGCAAAGAGUCAGAAUCUCAGGAACCAGGAAACAAAAACCAAGGAACAAGAAACAGGAGACAAGAGACAAAGAUCUGACAAGGAGUGAGGGGAGAAACCAGACUAUAUAGGUGCUAAACAAGGACCAGGUGAAGUGCUAAUGAAAAGAAAUUAGGAACAGUGCCAAACAGUGAUAGUGGUGCGUGUGGGUACUGCACAAGUACAAAUCAAAUAAGGAGUGUCGUGACAGAAGGACAAGUGAAGUGAUCCCUCCACUUCAUUCUGGACACCACAUCAUAAGGCUUUGGUAUCUGGGCCUGGCAGGAAACUUUAAACCUUCUCAUCUCCCCAGGUAAAAAACAUAUCAGUGUUAAUGUGUUCACUUUUAUUUACUGAGUGCUGGGUAGGGGUGCCGCUGAUUGGCUACACCGUUCAGCUGGCACUCUAAGCCAAUCAGUAGCUCCCCAUUCAUAAAAAUUUAAAAAGAAUUAUGAAUCGGGAACUAGCAAUUGACUUAGAGCGUCAGCUCUAGCCAAUCAGUGGCACCCAUGCCUGACGUUAAUCUGCACUUCCUGAAUAUCACUGAUCGACCUGUAGAUCCGGAGCUGGAGGAAGCCUUUGGGGUUAAACAAUUUGAGAGCGGUUUCACUCCUUAAAGGAAAGAGAGUGCCAAGGGGCCUCCUUGCAUCAUAGCAUUUUCAUUUAGAUUAAGUUGUUAUGAUGACCAGAAUGUUCUUUUAAUUUGAUUAAAGGAACACUACAGUGUCAGGAAAACAAAUAAGUAUUCCUGACACCAUAGUUGUGAAAACUCUAUUCACCCUGGCUUUAUGUGAUAAUGACUAUGCUCCUCCCCUUCCUGACACUGUCAAAAAGGGGCCAAGCAUGGAUGUCAUUACAAUUAUGCCCCACCCUGGAAAAAUUCCUGCGGACGCCAAUGUAUGUUUGUGUGUGUGUGUGUGUGUGUAUAUAUAUAUAUAUUUAUAUAUAUAUAUAUAUAUAAAAAAAAUACAAAUAAGGUGCACUCUCAGGUCUUAACAAGUGCUUAAUUUAUUUCAAUUGCAAAUUACAUGUGCAAAAAUUUUUUUGGGGUGAUCUACGUUUCGACCCCUAUAGGGCCUUUUUCAAGAUCAAUUAUAUCAUAUAUCAAGUGAAUAUAUAUAGAUAAAUGUUAAUAAACACUUACCAAAAGAAUGGAAUACGAGUUGAACCAAAAGUGGAUACCCCGAAGAUAUACUUACCACUUAUAUUCCACACAGGUUCUACACAAAUUCGUAAAUCUAUUGAUAGACACUGGGACAUGCUUGGCGCUGACAAACAGUUGUCUUCUAUAUUUCGUGAGAAACCAACCAUCAGUUACAAAAGAAAUAGGAAUUUAAGGGACAUUCUAAUUCGGAGUGACCCUACACAGAACUAUAAGAAAACUGCAAUACAGAAGAAACACGGAUGCUACAAAUGUAGUGGUUGUGUUACCUGUAGCCAUAUGAUUUCCGGCAACUCCUUUGCUCAUCCUCACAGUGGAAAAAGAAUAGCUAUUUCACAUUACAUUACUUGUACAACGGAUCAUGUAAUUUAUCUUAUAACAUGUCCUUGUGGAUUAUCUUAUGUAGGGAAGACGGACCUUACCCUCCGAGAUCGCAUCCGCGGACACAGGUCUGGUAUAAUGACAGCUUUUAGGGAUCAAAAGACUGAUAAACCAGUUGCUAAACAUUUUUUUAGCAGCCUCACAUAGACUUCCCACACUUAAAUUUAUGGCUAUAGACCAUGUCCCUCCUUUAUCUCGUGGGGGUGACAGGUCUAGAUUAUUACUUCAAAGGGAAGCAUAUUGGAUCUUUAAACUGGAUACAGUCACGCCUAAAGGCUUAAAUGAAUACAACACCUAUUCUAUGUUUUUGUGACGUAUGGAAUAUAUUUCAUGGUUGGCACUAGUCACUGCAAAGUAUAGUAUCAUGUUAUAGUUUAUAUAUAAGGAAUACACAAUCUAUUAUUAACCCAAUGCAUAUAAGUUUUGGUUAACAGGAUUGAUUAUUAUGCCUUUUUAGCCAUAUGUACAAGGGACACAUUGUCCUGAAUAUAGCAGUGAAUUAUUUUAUUACUAAUUGGCUUGCUUGUGCAUUAGAUAUAAAUUUUGGUUUAUGAAUAAUUCUAAUUAAACCCACUAUAGAAAGGUUUUUUUUAUAUCUGCAUCAUUUAUAACCUUGUUUGGUUGGUUUGUUGGUUUUGUUUAUGUUUUUGUUCUUUACUAUCUGCAGAUUGUCUUAUCAGGAUGUACAUUGUCCACAUAAACUAUCGAUUUAUUCGUUUGUUUUUUCUGUGUGACAGGCAAAGAUGUGCAUGCACACACAGUAUUAUGAAUAUUAAUUUGUAUUGGAAAAUUAUGUAGCACACUUUUUGGAGGAGCACAUAUGUUGGUCACAUUUGCAUGUAUGUGUGGUCACUUUAAAUGUUUCACGUAGUUUACACUGUUUUCUCACAUUCCCAUACAUUGUGGUCCUCUAUUAUGUGGGUGCAACAUUAGGAGACUUAUAUUCUGCCCUCCAUAGUAUGUAUACCGUAUUGAUCACUAUAUAUAGUGAUCAUUUUACAUUAGAGUCAUUCUUUUGCGGCCUGGUAGAGCCGGGCAACACUCAUACACGAUUUGUUUAUUUUUGUUGCCUAGCAACGUCGUAAUUUUACGCGUCAUCACGUUGGUCACGUGGCUACACUGUCUCACUUCCGGGUUUCGGACGGUUAGUGAUUUCCCUACACACAUCUUUUGGUAAGUGUUUAUUAACAUAUAUCUAUAUAUAUUCACUUGAUAUAUGAUAUAAUUGAUCUUGAAAAAGGCCCUAUAGGGGUCGAAACGUAAAUCACAAAAAAAAAUUUUUGGCACAUGUAAUUUGCAAUUGAAAUAAAUUAAGACCUGAGAGUGCACCUUAUUUGUAUUUUUUAUUAUUUACAUCAACGCUGAGGUUUGCACCCAGGCAACAGCUCAAUAGAUUUGCAUCAAAGGGUGAGUGCCAAGUUCAUCUCUUUUUUUUAAUAUAUAUAUAUACACAUAUCUACUGAUAUUGGCACCCUUGGUAAAUAUGAGCAAAGAAGGCUGUGAACAAUUGUCUUCAUUGUUUAACCUUUUGAUUUUUUGUUUAAAAAAUAAACAAAAGUACUUGGCUUUCAUGGAUAUGUUUGUGAAGUGUACGUUUGGCAAAAUUGUUGGAGCCCCUGUGAGAAAAAUAUAUUUGAAGUAUAUUCCCAUUGAUAUUUAAAUUUUUUUGUAAAAUAUCUGAGUGACUAGGAAAAGGAAAUUUUUCAUCUUCCUGACUUACAUGGGUAUAAAUAUGAGAAAACACACUUUGUAAAACCAAGGAAUAUAGCUGUGAUGUGGGGCAAAAGAUUGUUGAGCAUCACAAAAUGGGAAGUGGCUAUAAGAAAAUCACAAAGCAUUGAAAAUCCCCAUUUCCAUCAUCAGGACAAUAUUUAAGAUGUUCCAGUCAACUGGAAAUGUUAUGGAUCAAGAAGAGGACGUGUGUCUAUAUUGUCUGAACGCCCUGUGAAGAGGAUGGUUUGGGUGGCUAAAAUUUCUCCAUUGAUCACAGCUGAAUAAUUACAGAAGUUAGUUUCAUGUCUGGGUCAGAAAGUCUCCAAAAACUACAAUCCAAUGUCACCUACAUCACUACAAGUUGUUUGGAAGGGUUUCAAGAAAAAAGCCUCUACUCAGGGGCGUACCUAGAGCAUUUGGCACCUGGGGCGGGUCCUAUUUUUGGCACCCCCCUCCACCACCCAACUUUAAAAUGUAAAAAACAACCACAAUUCUUUUUUUUUUUUUUACAUUUAUUUAGCACUAAGCAGUGUUUAUGCUUUUAAAUGUAAGCAUGUUUUUGUAUGGAGUAUGUUUGAGUGAACGUAGGAUGUGUGUAUGUAUGUGGUGUUGGUGUUUGAAUGCAGCCAUGCAUUUUUGUGUAGUGUGGUUUUUGAAGGCAGUGGUGUGGUUAUAUAUAAUGGUGGAGUUUGUAUGUAGUGUUGAUGUUGAAAUGCAGGGGUGUAUUUGUGUGUAGUGUUGGCGAGAUUCUGAGAUGUAUGCACAUAUACACAUACACACACCUAAAUACACACUGACACACAUGCAGAUACAUAGACACAUAGGAACAAUAUAUAGGGGGUGGGCACAUAAGAUACCACAAGCCAAACUGGGGGGAGGGGGGCACUAAAACUUUUCACUAGGGGAUGGGUUAAUGUGCUGCCAUUGGCUGCCUGAUGCCAGCAUGCAGUGCACAUUGGCAUCAGUCAACAAAUUUGCAUAUAAUUCACAUUAGCCACCCAGAUUUCUUGUUUGUGGGCUAGCUGACACCUCUUAACGUCGAUCUUUGUUUAUCAGAUAACUCCCUUAUUUGCUAUCCUUAUGUGUGAUUGCCAUAUUUAAGGACACCAAAUAAGGAUAAGGGAGCUAUCUGCUAAACAGCACCCUAAUUUGGUAUCUUUAAAUAUGGAAAUCUCACAUAAGGACACCAAUUUAGAGAAUUAUCAACUAAACAGCUAAAAUAUCAAUUUAAAAAAACAAAAAACAUUUCUUAAUUUCAGUUGUUUAGUAGAUAACGCCCUUAUUUGUUAUCCUUAUGUGGGAUUGCAAUAUUUAAGGACACCAAAUAAGGGAACUAUGUACCAAACACAUACACAUUUAUAUACACACACAAUAACACAAUAGGUGUAUGUCUGUAUGUGUAUAUCUGUGAUUGUGUGUGUGUAUGUAUGUGAUGUUUGUGUGUGUAUAUCUAAUUAUGUGUGUUUGUAAUUGUAUGUGUGUGGGUCUGUGAUUGUGUAUGUCUGUGUUUAUGUGUGUGGUUGUGUGUGUAUCUCUGUUGUUAAGUGUGUGUGUGUGUAUAUAUAUAUAUAUAUAUAUAUAUAUACACACACACAUACACACACACACACUUAACUACAGAGAUACACACACACACUUAACGACAGAGAUACACACACAACCACACACAUAAACACAGACAUACACAAUCACAGACCCACACACAUACAAUUACAAACACAAUUAGAUAUACACACGCAAACAUCACAUACAUGCACACAUUUAAUAAUUAAGAGGUCCACCCAGCCUCCCUACCUUGCUCUGGGAGGGCUAGAGUGGAUCCUCAGUCCCUGGUAGUCAGUGGUUGCUGUUGGGAUCUCUGUGCUCUUCAUGCACACGUCCCUUGCACAUCCUGUAAUAUGACGCCGAUGCUUGGAUGAUGUUAUGUGCCGACUCACUGCAGGGCGAAGACAGUCAGAUACAGUCAGAUGUACACAGUUAUACGCAUAUACUGUCAAAUACAGCCACAUGCACACCGUACCAAACACAUAUUCACUUGCACACUGUCAAAAGCACAGCUGCAGACAGUCACACACACACACACAGCUACAGGCAGAUAGUCACACACACACACACAAUUACAGGCAGACUGUAACAUAGUUACAGGCAGCACACAGUCACACACACUCAGUGACAUGCAGACAGUCACACACAGUCACAGGCAGACAGUCAUACACAGUCCCAGGUAGACAAUUACAGGCAGACAUUCAUACAUACAGGCACAGGCAGACAGUCACACACACAGUCACCAAAAGUCAGUCUCACGCACAGUCACAGGAAGACAGUCACACUCAGUCCCAGGUAAACUGUCACAGGAAGACAUUCACAGGCAUAGACAGUCACAGAUGCAGUCCCAGGUAGACAGUCACAGGCAGACAUUCACACACAGUCACAGACAUUUCCAGGGAGAUAGUCAUAGACGCAGUCACAGGCAGACAAACACACAGUCACAGGCAGAGAGUCACAGGCAGACAGUCACAGACACAGUCACAGGUAGACAGUCACAGGCAGACAUUUACACACACAGGCACAGGCAGACAGUCACAGACGCAGUCACAGGUAGACAGCCACAGGCAGACAUUCACACACAGUCACAGAUAGUCACAGGCAGACAUUCACACACACACAAUCACAGAUAGUCACAGGCAGACAUUCACACACACACAAUCACAGAUAGUCACAGGCAGACAUUCACACACACAGUCACAGAUAGUCACAGGCAGACAUUCGCACACACACAGGCAGACAGUCACAAGCAGUCUCACACACACACACACACACACACUCUCUCUCUCUUACUGGUGGAGGAGUGGAGUCAGUGAGUCCCUGGUGUGUUGGAGUUGGGGAAGCAGUGACUCCUUCCUGCUUCCCCUCAGUGUGCUGCAGUGAAAGGCAGCAAAUGGAGGCUGGCUGUAGCUCUGCCCCUGCAUCCGGAUUGGCUCCGCCUCCAUGGCAGAGUUGACUCCGCCCCCAAUUCUCCGUGCAGUACUUCUGUACUGCUGAAUUCCCAGCCCCUGCGUGUGUGAGAGCUGUGUGGCUCCCAGCACCCUGUGCAGCCAAAAAAUGUUUGUGAAAUAUGUGUUUUUUGUGCCUGGAGAUAAUUGAGUUUUGUACAGUUCCUGACUCAAUUAUCUCCCAGGCAUGAGGGAGGGAUUGUCCUAUUUUGUGUGGAAGUGUCAUGGGCGUGCUUGUCUGUGUUCAGAAAUGUAUAAAAGCAAGCCAUCUGGCCAGAUUAAAGGUAUUCCAGCUUGUACUCCCAGAACUAUGUGUCAUCUGGUUACUGGGAGGGGAAAGGGCUAAUCACUGAUCACUGCUCCAGUGUGGAGGAUUCAACGGGGAAAGUCCUUGUAAGGACUAGAGCUACCAGGACUGAGUGUUGUCCAGUGCCUGGGGGUUGCUAGAGCAAGUUCCCCAUUCGGCUUCAGGAGGGAGCGGUUCUAGGACCCCAGUCAAGCCACGGCGACUGUGGGCAGAAGUGCUGCUGUUUGUCUCCUGUUCCAGCUAUCAUGCGGUCCUUAGUGGAGGUACCCAGCCAGGGGUACAGGGAGAUCCGUUACAUAAGCAUUGGGUUAGGGCUGGUGUAGAGUUAGCGUUAACUACAAAAAAUGAAUAUAGAUCCUUGACAUAUAAGGACUGAUUUGUGAAUUUAUUUUGAGUUUGUUUUCUUUAGUUGCACUUGAAGUGUAAAAAUCUAUAUGUAAAACUGUGAAAACCAUUUUCCUGUUUUUAACAUUUCUUUGUACUUAAUGUGGUGUUAGGUUUGCAUAUAGAAUAUUAAAUGAGGGCUAUUUCUGUCCUUUCAAAAAUAAAAAUAUAAUAUGUAUGGUUGCACUUAAAUAGAAACCCUUAAAUUAUGGUGGAACAAACACAUAGCACAAAUUAUACGUUUUGUUUAGAUUCUGAUGUUGGAUAAUUGCCUCCAUUCUUAAGGGGUUUCAGUUUAAUGACUUUGAAGACUGACAGUAAUUGCAUGGAUUGUAAUUUACCUGUUUGUUUGUAAAACAUAUGUUAAUGAAACAUAAGAUAAGGUCUUAAAUUCAUUUAGAGUUGUGUGUACUCUGAAGUCUCUCUAAAGUAUUUCUUCUAUGGCUAGAUCUCCUACUUUAAAAAAGAAAUAAUUUAACAAAUAUGUGUAGGCAGACCGUGUUAAACUGUUUAAAAAUUGGUUAAUGGAAGAGCAGCGACAGAGGACUAAAGGCACUAUAACCAAUUUAAUCAGAUUAAAUGAUUAUAGUGCCUACAUUGUCCCUUUAGUUACUCGUUAUCAAUGCAGCUGUGAUGAGGGUUCUGUCUUGGUUCUGGAAGACCCUCGGUUUAUAUCAAACCAUUCUUGAAUAGCUUGCUAUUAAAUAGAGGUAUGGCACCUGGGGAUCCUUAGCUACUAAUUGCAACAGUGAGAUGUAGUGUUUAUAUUAUGUAGAGAAGGGGUACCCUAUAGGUAGAUUCCCAGAUGUUUUAGAACUACAACUCCCAUGAUGCUUUGCAUGCCUUUUGAAUGCUUUAGAAUGACAAACCAUCAUCAAAUCUGCUGGUCAAAGUAGUUCUACAACAUCUGGGGAUCUACCUUUUGGGCACCAAUGAUGUAGAGUGUCCCUUUAAAGUAAAUAUGUCAUUACAGCUUACUUAAAAAAACCAAUGUGAAUUAGGAUAUAUCUGUAAGAUGCUUUAUUAUUAUGAAAUGAAAAUUAUUGUGUAUUAUCUGCUCAUCCCCAUGUACUUAACCAAUACCUGUCCUCUAUCCUUCAAUAGGAAAUUCUGGCUACCCCUUAAAGUCAUGGAUGCUUGUGUCCUUCGGAAAUUCUGUGAACACUGGACACAAAUGCUACAACCAGCUAUAUAAAAGCAGGUUUUGUUGUCUUGAUGGAACUAUAAAUGCUUCUGCAAAAUAUGGCCAGGAAUAAGAAGCUUCUACCAGAUAAUGAGGAAGUUCUGAAUGAGAAGUCAAGAACUAUCUGAAUGUGGGGAUUGUCAGACAUGUCUUACCUAGGAACCCAGAGUGUUUGUUUCAUGGUGCAACAUUAUUUUAUAUAAGGGAGAAAAACACACCUCAAAGACAUUUGGUUUCUUCAUUUUUGUUCCUUGUUUGCAGGUCUCCAACUGCACCCACCGUGAAUCCUGCUCUUUUUUUCUAAUUAUUUAAAAUGUAUAUUAAAAUCAUGGCUUUUCAACUACUCUCAUGAGUGUGUGUAUGUGGAUUGUUUGAAUUUGAAGAAACAAAUAAAAUCGCUCCUACACAUAUCAGAACAUGGCAGCUCCCACGUUACAACAAAAUCAUUCACAUACGACAUGAAUGAACC